AUUUAUACUUCAGAAUUUUCUUUUCUUGACUGCAUUUUACUUUUUCUUUUAAUCAGUUUUAAAAAUAUUUUGUACCACUGAGAAGUAAAUUUCCUGUAUUUUGUUAUAUGAUAAUCAUUUUCACAGGGACUACUUCUUUCAGGGCACAUGCAGCAGCUUCCUGGGGAGUGUGCAGUCUGUUUAUAUACAAACAGAAAACACGAGAUUUUGAGGAUUGACCUGUUUAGAGCUAGAUAUUUUGAGAAAAUACCGUAUCGUGUACCUUUUUUUGGUGUUAUCCGAUGAGAUAGAAUCCACGCAAGUUCAUUGUCUGACCAUGUACCAGCAUUGGGCCCAGAAUGUGCCACGGUGUCAUUUCUGUGAGACCCCGGACCCCCUUUGUACUGUGACAUUUGUCACAUACAUCUGUGUAAAGCCUGGGUGGGGGAACAUCUCUCAGAUCAAUCCAAAAAACACAAAAUGCUGCCAUUUGAACAGCGGGGAUCUACUCCAAACUACCCAAAGUGUCCUAAACAUUCCACAAAGCAUAAAACUCACAGUGUCCUUACCAAGUUUUACACCUCAGAAGAUAGACAAAGAAGAGAUUUACCAACAGUUUGGUUCUCUGUCAGCGUCAUCUAUUGAAACAGAAGAACAAGUCUACACCAUGGAAUCCCCCGGUGUUGAGUCAUCUCUCCCGGACAGACUGCUAUAUGAUGAACCAUGGAUUCUCACACAGAUAACUAGUGGAUUAAACUGUGUGUCCUGUGUAAGUAAAGAAGAACAGUGGACACAUGGUUUGGACAAUAUGACGAGACUCUACAACCUGCGGGGGGAACUACUGAAGGCAAUCAAAACCAUAUCAGGGAACUAUCCAGAGGACAUAGCAGUGACAAGGAGUGGUGAACAAGUACUAGUUUAUACAGAUAAAGAUGAUAGAACUGUGAACAUAGUGAAGAAUACACAGAUACAGACAGUGAUCAGACUACAGGGGUGGGGACCUCGCAGUGUCUGUAGUACCUCCUCUGGUGACCUCCUGGUUGUCAUGGACAGCAAUGAUGUUAAACAAACAAAAGUUGUGUGUUACUCUGGCUCCACAAAGAAACAACGUAUUCAGUACAAUGGCAAAGGACAACCUCUCUAUUCAUCUGUUGUCUUUAAAUACAUCAGUGAGAAAAAUGUUUCUGAUAUUUAUGUGUGCAAGUGUAUGAAAGGGUGUGUGAGUGCCAAUGAAAAUUUACUUUGUUUCUUUGAUUUCUUGUAAUAAUUUUGAAAAUGACAAUAAAAUUUGAAGAAAAAAAUACAUCAGUGAGAACAGGAACCUAGAUAUCUGUGCGUCACACUUUAAGCCCGUGCAGUAGUGGUCAAUCAGGCCGGAAAACUACGGUUUACAAACACGGGUGGUCCCUCUACUACGAUGGAAGCAUUUAAUCCCGCCGGCAUCACCACAGACAGCCAGGGUCACAUCUUGAUAGCAGACGUAUUUACAACGACAUUAUCCACAUCCUGGAUCAGGACGGACAGUUCCUUCGCUACAUUGACAACUGUCAUUUACAGGAUCCAUGGGGUUUUUGUGUGGACACCAGAGACAACCUCUUUGUUGCCGAGUUGUUUACAGGUAAAGUGAAGAGAAUCCAAUAUUACAUGUAAACAAACUGUGUGUAUAUCUACCUAUAUAAACAUGAAAACCGUGUGUAUUCCUACAUUAACAACAUGGAAAUAAUGGGUAUGUUACAUUGUAUAAGCUGUUUAUAUAAUCGUCUACCAUAUGUGAUAUACAAACUUUACUUCUCUAAUAAACUGAAUAUUAUUACGGCAAAUAUUUACCAUGCGGCCGAUCUGGAGAAAUCAAUCGACUGUUAACUUCACCCCUGAUUGAGUUGGUUAAGCUGGUUUAAAAUUAACAUCCGCGAUAAUAAUGGAAAAUAUAAACAUCUGUUGUUAAGUCGUACGGCGCGUUGCUUUUAAUCCAAAUCAUUUAAUUCAUUUAAUAUGUUGAUGUGACAACAAAUCAGAGUUUGAUGAAAAAUAGAAAAAAAAUUACUAAUAAUUAUAAUAGAAACUAAAACCUAGGGGAAAUAAAAUUUUGAACAGGCGGAGUUGACAACAUUCGUAAAUUUACUUAAAGGUAGCAUGUGAUAUGGCCAUGAUGCGUUUAUUUUAAUAAAGUCAAUUUGCUUGUUCAUGCCAUUGGGUCAGAAUGAUUUGAGUCGGUGCAUCCAGAAUUUUUCUUUGAUUUUCCUUUCCGCGUCUAUCCUGUAACAAUUAUUGUUAAAAACACUACUGUCACGUCUUUCCAUUUGUGACCACUGAUUUUGAAAUGUUUGCCGACGGGCUUCUUGGUUUCUUUGAUCGUUACAGUGGUUUCUUCACUAAAAAUCGAAAUUAAUUGAUUUUUAAUUAGGCAUAUCAUGCAUAUAUCAAGUACUAUAUAGGUUUUUCUAUCUGACAUUUUGAAGUUUUUGAAGCCAGAGUCGGACAUCAAAUUUUAAGCCUUGUAAUGGUGCCACAUAGUUUUUGAUAAAUUUCAUUAACUUCUCAGCUAUUAAAAUAAAGUCACAAUAUAUUCUUUUAAUAGAAUGCCAAGGAUUAACCAAAAUUAAAUCCGCAAAAAUUAAUGGUUUACCUUGUUUGGCCAAAAUCCGCCAUAUUUGUGUCCCGCCAAAAAACCGGCUUUACAGUAUGUUUAAAUACUACGUGUAUAUAUAGGAACAUUUCUGUGGUUUUGUGCGCAAAUAACAUGUAUUGCUUAUAUGUACAUAUGUCGUGUAAAUAUGUAACCACACUGUUAUAUAUUGUGUAGGAAAAAAUACUGUAUAUUAAGUUGUUUGUUUCUUAUUAUUUAAAAGAGGGAAACAACUGUAAAAUAAAUUUUUUGGAUAUGAAAUAUGUUCAUGUUUAACUAUCUUUACCCUAGAGAACAUUUUAACAUUAAAAUAUAUCAUUUUUACGUUUCAGAAAGAGAGAUAACUCGAAUUCAUAAACCUUACUGUCUAUCAUACAUACCAGGUUAUAUGUUCCAUGUGACAAGCCGUCAAUUUCUUACUUCGUCAUUCGAAAGAUUGAAAUAAAAAUAAAAAUGUCAAUAUACUGUCAAUGUAUUUUAUAUUCACAAACUGUCCUUAUUUAAAUGUUAAGAAACUCAUUGCAUUCACACGUAACAUGUAAAUAAGUAAUAUUUCUAUACAAAGGGUACACGUUCUCUCAUUAAUAAUUCUAUUUCAUGUUGAAUGAUUAAUAAAAAAGAGAUUGAGCGUUAAAUUGAAUAUCAUUUUGCUGUCAAAUUAAACAAGAUAAUUAAUGGUAAACCAUGUUACAGAAUUUCACAUACAUGUAAGAUACGUAAUUAUCUUACCUUGUAGAAUUUUUGAAUUACAUCAGUGCCACGGAAUGUUUUAAUUUUAUCUGUAUAUGAAGGACAUAUAAUUAUUCUACCUAGGCUUAUAGAAUUAUGAACAUCAGUUUCAUGGGAUGUUUUUAUUUUAUUUGUGUCCUGAUGUGUCUGAAAAUAAUGAAAAAUAUGAAAAAGGGCGUUUAAUUACAGAUGAGAGUUAUGGGUUUUAAUGUUAGAUAUGAUCACAAUCGACCGUAAAAAAGGGUUGUGAUAAUAAAUUACAGUAAUCUUCUCAUAUUAACAAAAAAAUCAUGAGUUUAAUUUUCCGCGAAGUCAAUUAAUAAAUAUACUCGACAUUAGGCGGACUCUAGUAAUAUACAGCUGAAUAGAUACUAACUAAUAUUAACUGAGAAAUGAACAUGAAAAUAGAAACUACGAAGGAAAGAAAUAAUUCCGGACAGUUAAUUUAGAUGAAAUAAGAACCCACCCGGACAGUGAUAUUUACAAAAAUCUAAUGUG